AUGGAAGAGGAGAUGUUUUGUUACAUUCAUGAAGGUGGUGAGCUUGUUAAGACUGCUGUUGGGUCCGUCGAAUAUAAAGGAGGUCGGACCAAUUGCAGUGUUGUUAGCAAGAAUAUCUCACAAUCUGAAUUCUUUUCAAAAGUAUGUGGUGUACUGAACUUGGAUUCCAAUUCCAUUAAAUUGGAAUUCACAGUCAAGUUUGACCCAUCAUGUCUAUUGCCACUGCAUAAUGAUGGCGACAUAGUCAAUAUGUUCAAAUUCAACGACAUGUUUUGUCAUGUCUACAUCUCCCAGUGUUCCGAAUGUGGUGAUGACCUCAUUUGCCCUACUAGUGGCCCAACCCCCAUUGUUGCUUCAAACUCAGCUCAUGUUUCCUCUAUUGGCGAGCCCCCAUUACACAUCUCUAAUGAGUCGCCCACAAUUCAGUCAGUUGGGUUUUCCCAAAGAUGUGCUAUGACAAAUACCGUUCAACUUCAACCAAGCCGGUUCGAACAUUCAAUUGUAGGUAGUGGACAUACCUUCCCAAAUGCGUCGGAGUUUCGAGAUGCAAUCUAUUUGAUGUCUUUGGCUGGAAAAUUUCGAUAUUCUUACAAAAGGAAUAGUCCAAAACACAUGACCGUAGUAUGCAAAAUUGAAGAUUGUCCUUGGAAAAUCACUGCGCGUGCAAUAGGGGAUUCAAACAUUGUUCAAGUACACACAUUCCGAAAUGUGCAUAACCAUUGCUUGGAAGAUGUUGUCUUGUCUCAGCCUUUAGUGAGAUCCACUCGUGCAUCGUUGGUCAUUGAUGAUGUCAUUCGAUCUACUCCUGAAUACCAACCACGCCAAAUUUGUAAGGACUUUGUAAGGCAACAUGGCAUCCAAUUAACUUACCUACAAGCAUGGAAAAUGAAGGAGAAGGCUAAGGAGCGCAUUUAUGGACAACCCAAGAAUUAUUACAAAUUGUUGCCAUGGAUGUGUGAAAGAAUGCUUGCAACAAAUCCGGGAUCGAGUGUUGAGCUGAGUUAUUCCAAUGAUGACCAUUUUGAGAAGCUUUUUGUUGCUCAUUCAAUAUCUAUCGAAGGGUUUGUAAGGGGGUGUCGACCAAUCAUUGCAAUUGAUUCGGCCCAUAUGAGUGGGCCUUAUGGCGGUGCUCUAUUUUCAGCCACCUCUUACGAUGCUAAUGACUCCAUGUUCCCCUUAGCCUUUGGAGUGAUGAGCUUGGAAAAUUAUAAAGAUUGGUUAUGGUUCUUGGAAAAACUGAAGAUAGUUGUGGGAAACAAGGAAGUUAUUAUUAUCUCAGAUAGACAUCAUGCUUUGCUUCGUAGUGUCCCUGAGGUGUUUGGCAUUGAAAACCAUGCUUAUUGCUACCGUCACCUAAAGGAGAAUUUUAGUAGUUUCUUGUCCAAGCAUAACACACGAGGGAACAAGGGUAAAGAAAAUGCAUUGCAAUUCCUAGAUAGCAUUGCGUAUGGAAGGCUAGAACAUGAUUAUAACGUUUCCAUGGUUGAACUAAAAAAAUACAACGAGGCUUUAGCCACAUGGGUUGAAGAAAAUGCGCCGCACCAUUGGGCCAUGUCAAAAUUCCCAAAAUAA